AUGGGAGAUUUAGAAAUAGACCAGCCAGAUUCAGCUUUUAUUCAAUCCCCACAACACAGACCAAAAUCCUCAAUUAUCAUUCCUCAUGGUAUCCCUCUAAUCGAUCUCUCUCCCGUAAACUACCAAGACGAAACCAUCACCACCACCACAGCCUCACUUUCAAUCCAAGGCUUAGUCAAGGAAAUAGGUGAAGCAUGUAAAGAGUGGGGGUUUUUCCAAGUGAUUAAUCACAAAGUACCUUUGGAUAAACGUGAGAGAAUUGAAGAAUCUGCAAGGAAGUUUUUUGGACUUAGUUUGGAAGAGAAGAUUAAAGUGAGAAGAGAUGAAGUUAACUUUCUUGGUUAUUUUGAAGCAGAACAUACCAAGAAUGUUAGAGACUGGAAGGAGAUUUAUGAUUUCAAUGUUCAACAACCCACUUUUAUACCACCUUCACUUGAGCAAGAUUUUCAGUUCAAAUGGGAAAAUCGUUGGCCUCAAAAUCCUCCUGAGUUCAGAGAAGCAUGCCAAGAAUAUGCAGAAGAAGUGGAGAAACUAGCAUAUAAAUUGAUGGAACUUAUUGCAAUGAGCUUAGGUUUAGAACCGAAUAGGUUCCGUGGCUUUUUCAUGCAUAACACAAGCAAUAUAAGACUUAAUCAUUAUCCACCUUGUCCUUACCCUCAUCUAGCUCUUGGUCUUGGACGUCACAAAGACACUGGUGUCUUAACUGUGCUUGCUCAAGAUGAUGUUGGUGGUUUACAAGUUAAGAGAAAAUCAGAUGGAGAAUGGAUUCAAGUUAAGCCCAUUUUCAAUUCCUUCAUCAUCAAUGUUGGUGACAUGAUUCAGGUUUGGAGCAAUGAUGGUUAUGAGAGUGUAGAGCAUAGGGUUAUGGUAAACUCCGAGAAGGAUAGAUUAUCGAUUCCGUUUUUUCUGAAACCUGCACUCUACACUGAUGUGAAGCCCUUGGAAGAGUUGACAAACGAUGGUAACCCUCCCAAAUAUUCAACAAUCAAUUGGGGGAAAUUCCGCUCCGCAAGAAUGCAAAGUAAUUUUACUAAAUCCAAUGUUGAUAACCUCCAAAUUUAUGAUUUCAAACUUUCCUUGUAA